UCACGCCUACAGCAGUGUCAGCCCCAGCGCGGGCGCCUCGCGAGCUCCAUCACGAGCUUCGCUCGCGAUCCUGCCACGGGCCGCCGCCGUCGACGAGGCACGGUCGACCGUUCCAGAGCAGCCUCCAGGGGACCGCCCAUCGCCCAGGAGCCUCGCCUUCCGCCGCUGAGGCGAUCCCUUUCAUCGCCGCGGCCGCCUCCCAUUCGCCACCAUGCCCGAGGAAGAGGACGAUGAUGCGAAGAAGGGAAAGAAGAAGGGCGGCUCCAAGGGCAAGAAAGGCAAGAAGGGCGGCUCCAAGGACAAGAAAGGCAAGAAAGGCGGCUCCAAGGACAAGAAAGGCAAGAAAGGCAAGUCUCCAAAGGGCAAGAAAGGCAAGUCGCCCAAGAAAGAUUCUGAGGGAGAUGGCUCCGCGACCGAAGAUGGAGGAGGAUCCGGAGGAGGAUCCGACGCUGGAUCUUCGCCCAAGGCUUCUCCGGGCGCAGCCGCCGGUGGUGCUGCCCCGGCCGCGGGGGCCGGUGGCGGCGGGGCUCCCGGUGCGCCUGGCGCCGUGCAGCCGAUGAAGAUGGGCGGCUACUACAGCGAGGCACACUCCAUGUACGAUGACGGCUACGACGACGACUUCUACGUGGACAUCACCUGCUACCCGCCGCGGAGAGGCGGUGGCCAGGCCCCGUCCCAGGCUGGCGGAUUCGGCGGAUACGACGACCCCUACGGCUACGGCCGCUGGGCCCCGCCGAGGCCCAUGCAGAUGCCCAUGGGCAUGGGCAUGUGGGGAGGCAUGCAGACCCGAGACGUGGGUCAGCAGAUGGGCCCGCAGACCACCACCCUGCCGCCCGGGUCGCCGCCGAUGGCCUUCAAGACGCCUUCGACUACCGUGGUUGUCAACAUGAGCGGCGAGAGGAUCAACCGCAGCGGGUCCCGGCCCAUGUCCCCAAUGAUGGGCAUGGGUGGCAUGGGCAUGGGUGGCAUGGGCGGAAUGGGAAUGGGUAUGGGCGGCAUGAGCAUGGCCAACAUGUCUCCCGCGAUGCCCGGCAACAAGUCGCCCAUCGUUAUGUCGCAGCCGCUGACCGGGACCGGACUGACGCCCCAGAUGCAGCAGCUGCUGCUGCGAGGAAUGCCCGGAUACACGGCCACGGUUGUCCUCAUCCUGGUGCCAAACCCUUGAAGAAAGGACCCUCGGCGGCUCGAGUCAUUGUCCGAGCAGCAAUAAAUUCGCUCUGCGCUGCCA